AAUCUACAGAGGUUUGACUAUCCCCAACAUGUACGCUUGAUUCCUUGAUUCAAAAUCCUUAACAAUUAUGCUCUGUGGCGCGGCAACGUCCGUGCGUUCCCGUCCGGCGUGAAGUCUGAGCGUGCCGUGGGUCACAGCAGCCAUCGACGCCGUGACCGAGCUCCAACAUGCCGCUCUUAAAAGACCCCCGAACUUCUCCGCCUCAGUUCCCCAUCUUGUUUCACCCAUUCCCGUCCGCUUCGAGCCCGCUCACUGCACCUUGGUUAUAAAAGCCGUCUGCCUGGCAAACACCAUGUUGUCAACGGUCCCAAUCGCUCGUUAUCACAACCUACUUGCUUCCUCGCUAUGAACACCAAAGCUUUCAUCCUCGUGAACGCCAUGGCCUUCCUCGGUAGGUACGCCGUCGAAGCAGCUUACUACCCUCGAUUCAACACCACGCUCACCAACACGACUGCGACGUGCACCAGCGUUAGUCUUACUACGCAGAAUGGGCAAGGCGGCGCUGUCGUUCUCCCUGUCUCUACCCCUAAUGCGGGCGUCGGCUUCGGGUCUGUUGUUGUUGCGGAACAAACCAAUAUCGUUGUUGCUACAUCCACUGUUACAGCAGUAGCAGCUACGACGGAGACGCUCUACGUUACCAUCACCAACAGCCAAGCCAACUACAUCCCUCCCAGCACUCCUGCCGGUCCUGCCUGUUACGCGCCCGUUGUAACUUAUUGCGGGUCAGAGGUUACGCUCUCCCCCUCCACCACCCAGAUCUCCGUGCCCUGGACUUCGUGCUCGGGCCAAAGUACCUGGGUGGGAGAGUAUACGUUUGAGGCUGUCUAUACCCCCACUACGUACCUCGUCGAAAACGUCGUUGCUGGAGUGACUGUGCAGGCUACCGUGGAGAUCCCCUUGACCGGCACGCGUCCCGAGAACACGUUCGUCACGCCUGCAAGCCCUUCCAAAGCACCCUUUUCCAGUCGCUUCCCUGUCGGCAGUUACGCUAAUUCCUCCGCUCCCGCAACAUCUCCCUCCGGAACCGCUCUCAGUCCUACACCUACCUCGACUACUUCGCAAGUUGCCUUGGUCGAUGACGUUGGUUCAACAACCUUCACGCCUCCUACAAGCACUUAUGAAACCGUGGUCGUUUACUCUGCCUCCGCUACCCAGAGUGCCGCCGCUGGGGAGCCGAUCACCAUCAUCAUCGCCCCUAAUAUUGUGACCGCUGUGAACCUCUGCGAACAGUUCGGCACUAGCCUCAACACUGAGCUUCAGCAAUGCGUGAUUCAGACGAACCAGCAAACCAACAUCGGUACCGAGAACGGCGGGUCCCAGAGCAAUUCAAACAGUGGCAUCGUCGUUAGGGAUCUCGAGGCUGGGGCCGUCAAACGGAGCAGCGUGGCCUCCCAUGGCCUCGUUGCGGUAGUCGUUGCUCCCAGCACAGCCAACAUUGCCGAUCUCUGUGCUCGAGUCGGUGGAAAGUGGGACGCCCAGCGGUGUUUCGUUCCAACGAGUCAGUAGACCACUGUGUAGGUAAAGGGAAUGGCGGGUCCCAUGCUGACUCGAAUAGCGGUUCAGUCCGUGCAAUGUUUCUUGCAAUUGGU